CAAAGAUGGCAGCCACCGUGGACUUCAGACGUCGACUGCAAGUUCUGAAUUUUUCUGUACUUGUCGUGAUAUUUAUGCUUUUAGUUUAUUUUAAACCCAGCCAUUGUCAGCUGGAAAUCAUGAGUCCCAGCAGAAUUCUUUCAGAGGUAGAAAAGAGCUGUGUUUUGGUGCUUUUUAAUCGGAAUUUUGCCAGCGUGGAAACUUCUUUUGCAAAUGCGCUGCAUCAGAUUAUCAUGACGAGAAGCGAAGUCACUUUCGGCACAUCAGGGCUUGUCUUAAACCAUGAAUUUGUUUGGCCUGAUGGUCAACCUCUGCAGUUGGUUAAUGGAAACACAAGAGUUCCAGUGUCGCGAGAUAGUGAUGGAAGUUUAGUUGUUUUUCCAAAGCAGAAGAAAGAUCGGAAAUGUCUCAUCACAGGUCCAAGGAGAAAUCCCAAAGCAGAACUCUUCACUGAACCUUUGAUUAUGAAAACAGUUCUCAACUGGGUAAAUGAUAAAUGUGAUACAUAUAUCAGUCUAAAUGGAGGACUCACAUAUCAGGGACUGCACAGAGAAAGUAUCUUGCAGAACCUUUUUAGUAUGUCACAUGUGUCUGAUUUUACAAUGCUGGAUUUGAAUCAUAAGCAUACAGAAGAAGGCAAUCUGAUUUCACAGUCAAAGUUUCCGAAUGCAUCUAGAAAGGAAGAUGAAAUGAUAUGGAAUUGUGAACACAGCAACGAUUAUGAAGAGGGAUUCUGUAAUGAGUCAGAAAGAAAGACUUCCAAUAAACAUGCAAGGUUGGUUUCUACUACUGAUUUCAGAAGUGCAAAGUUGGCAAAAGAUAAGUUGAAAGACGUUGCAGAGGAAUUUCCUGAUAGCUGUCAUGAAAGUGGUGGAAAAAAUCCUGGGCCUGGGAAAGUUUUUCCACAGUGUGAACGUUUGUCUGUACUGCCCACCAAAGGACAGUUCUUUCAUGAAUUCUUAAAGAUAUCCAAACCAGUCAUCUUAGAAGGAGCUGCAUUACAUUGGGAUGCCUUUCACAAAUGGACAAUGGAAUUCUUACGAGAGCACUACAGUGAUAAAGAAGUUCAUAUCAAGCUUGCUCCGGAUGGACUCUUUGAAGGAAUUGAUAGUUCUUCCAAUUGGGAGGAUUAUGGAACGUUCAAAAUACCAGCAACUGUCCUGGACAAAUUACCCUUUCCAGAUUUGGUUGUUGUCAGACCAGCAACGAUGAACUUGAAGUUUGCUGAGUUUUUGGACAUGAUAAGCAAUGUUUCACACAAAGCAAAGCCAAGAGCCUCUGCCUACCUUGAAUACUCGUCCAUUCCUGAUUAUCUUCCCGAGCUUGAGGAAGAUAUUCCAGAAUUCCCUUUUGCCCAGGAUUUGUUGACAAGACGUCAUUUGAACAUCUGGCUGGGUGACGGGAACACUCUAGGAAAGCUGCAUUUUGAUCCCUUUGAUAACUUCUUGUGCCAGAUCCGAGGUAAAAAACAAUUGACCCUUUUUGAUCCUCAUGACAACAGCAAAAUGUAUGAGGGCCAUAUUCCUGAAGCUGAGCUAGGUUACAAUCGAGUGAGUGGGCAGUUUCGUCGCAAGAAACUCCAAGACAGUACUGCUAUGGUCAUGGCUCCUGUUGAUAUCGUUGAUCCAGAUUUUGAGAGAUUCCCAGCAUUUGCUGAAGCUCGUCCACUGAACUGCACCAUAAAUGAAGGAGAUGUAUUAUUUAUGCCAGCGUUCUGGUGGCAUGAGGUACAAUCAUAUCCAAAUGUCACUGAAGGCAGGAACCUAGCUGUAAACUUUUGGUAUGAGCCAUUUCUUACCAAAGAAUUUCCAUGUGCUCAUUGCAAGUUGGAUGUCAACCCAUUCUACAGGCAUCUCUUAUGAAGCAGCACUUCCAGAGUAUGUCAGACAGUGGGUCCAAUUAAAGCAACCUGAGAAUUGUGGUGUGACGUCCACUCUCCUAACGGUCAUGAUGUCCACUCUCCUAAUGGUCACAUUCAUUCCAGAUGUGGUUUAAGAAUCAAAUUGUUCUCCAUAUGAUGUAUAUUGAAUGUGAACCUUCUUCAAAAGCCCAAUGUAUGCAGCAUGUACUUACUUCACCUUUAUUGAAAUUGAGGGGUUUUGUUGAUCUUGAUCGGAUGGGAACUUGCAACAUACCAAUUUCUUCUUAAGACGUAUAGCAAGUACACAUCACCCAUUAACUAAAAGGUCAUUAUGAGCGUUGAAUUCUUGGAUGGAUAACCGUUACAUUGUAACUUGAUUUUUGGAUUUGUUUGAAGCCAUGCAAUCAUUAUUUGUAUAUUUUGGGUCAACGCUUAUUUUAAGAAUGGCAUUGAAAUGUAUGUAAAGAAUUUAAAUUCUGGUGUACGGUUCUAUUAACAUUUGAGUAUG